GGAAGGGGGUUGCAUGGAUGGAUCACAUUAGUAUUCCCAUCCUAUCAAUGUGCGGGGCCGCAAGCCACGUCAGCCAGACCCAGUCCCUGCGUCUGCCAGUCCCGCCACGGAUUCAUUCGGGAUCCUCAAACCGACGAGCCGGUAGAGGCGAGGGAUCGAUGUAGCCGAUUCGAGCCAAUUGCCUGCUUCGGGAACGGCCAGCCCUCCCAGGCCUGAUGACAGUGGAGGGAGGGGAAAGAGACGAAACCAGUGCCUCUGGGGGAAGACACUGAGGCAAGAGCGACACCCCUUCCCACCCGCCCCCCGCCUUGCAGCGCAGGCUUUGAACGCUUCCCCCCACCCCCCACCCCCAUCUGAAUGGAAACUCGGAGCCGCCGGGCGGCGCGUUCCUUCUCGCCCAGCUUCGCGAUCCAUGCCCAGAGGAAGGCGAUGCGCGCCCGCGCCAGCGCCCAGCUCCCGGGACAGGGCCGGCGAUGCUGCUGAACAGAACUUGAUCGCGCCCCUUUCUUGUUGCUAGUGGAAGCGAUGCUGCAAGGCACAGCCAGCGCUUCCCCGGCUCUCCUUCAGGCUGAAGGUUACCCGCCCGCACAGCCAGCCUCUACCCUGUGAACGCCGCGCCUCCGGUCCCGGCUCCGGUUUGCUUGGCGGCAGCGCGCAAGGCAACAACCGGGCCGCCCGCGCCGGGGCGCACUGCACCAGCGGCUUCGGCUUGGUGGAUGUGUAUGCAUGAAUUCUGCACUGAAUGGGCGCAAAAAGCGCCCCAGCCGGUCCACCCGCUCCUCAAUCUUCCAGAUCAGCAAGCCCCCGCUGCAGAGCGGGGAUUGGGAGCGCCGGGGCAGCGGCUCCGAGAGCGCCCAAAAAACCCAACGAACCCUGGAGGACUGCAAGAUGCUUGUCCAAGAGUUCAACACGCAGGUGGCCCUAUUUCGAGAGUUGGUCAUUUCCAUUGGGGAUGUCUCGGUCAGCUGCCCCUCCCUGCGGGCGGAAAUGUACAAGACAAGAACCAAAGGCUGCGAAAUGGCCCGUCAGGCACAUCAAAAACUGGCUGCCAUCUCAGGCCCGGAAGACGGUGAGAUCCACCCCGAGAUCUGUCGACUCUACAUCCAGCUCCAGUGCUGCUUGGAAAUGUACACCACAGAGAUGCUCAAGUCCAUCUGUCUGCUGGGGUCUCUUCAGUUUCACCGGAAAGGAAAAGAUACUGGUGGAGGAGUCAAGAGUUCGGAUUGUAAAAUUGAGGAGAGUGCUGAGACACCUGCCCUCGAGGACUCGUCCUUAUCCCCUGUGGAUAGUCAGCAGCACUCCUGGCAGGUUUCCACAGACAUUGAGAACACAGAAAGAGACAUGCGAGAAAUGAAAAACCUUUUAAGCAAACUCAGGGAAACUAUGCCUUUACCGCUGAAAAAUCAAGAUGACAGCAGCCUUCUGAAUCUAACUCCCUACCCCUUGGUGAGAAGACGAAAAAGAAGGUUCUUUGGGCUCUGCUGCCUCGUGUCAAGCUAGGCGGUCCUUCCGGAAAUCCACCGUCUGCAACACCCGGCAACAUCACAAAACCAGAGGCACUCCACACAGCCGAACACACAGAUAUUGGUUUUCUGACUCUGUUUUCUAUGCUUCCCUGUUCAUCUUCUCCGCCUCCCCUGCGCUUUUAGAAAGCAGCUGUCAUCAAGGAAAAAAAAAAAAGAACAGAUUCCCCAAGCAGGCUGUUUUUAAAAGAAUUUUUACAGCUGACAUCAUGCAUGCCUGCUC